UUGCUGCUCGACGCCAACCAGCUGCGCGAACUACCCAAGCCCUUCUUUCGGCUGCUGAACCUACGCAAGCUGGGCCUCAGCGACAACGAGAUCCAGCGGUUACCACCCGAAGUGGCCAACUUCAUGCAGCUGGUGGAGCUGGAUGUGUCCCGGAAUGAUAUCCCUGAGAUACCUGAAAGUAUCAAGUUCUGUAAAGCUUUGGAGAUUGCGGAUUUCAGUGGGAACCCCCUGUCCAGGCUCCCUGAUGGCUUCACACAGCUGCGCAGCCUGGCCCACCUGGCCCUCAAUGACGUGUCUUUGCAGGCACUGCCUGGGGAUGUGGGCAACCUGGCCAACCUGGUGACCUUGGAGCUCCGAGAGAACCUGCUCAAGUCUCUCCCUUCGUCCUUGUCUUUCCUGGUCAAGCUGGAACAGCUGGAUCUGGGAGGCAAUGAUCUGGAAGUGCUGCCUGAUACUCUGGGAGCUCUGCCCAACCUUCGGGAGCUGUGGCUCGACCGGAACCAACUGUCAGCAUUGCCCCCGGAGCUUGGGAACCUGCGGCGGCUGGUGUGCCUAGAUGUGUCAGAGAAUCGACUGGAAGAACUUCCUGUGGAGCUAGGUGGGCUGGUGCUGCUCACAGACCUGCUACUUUCCCAGAACUUGUUGCAGCGGCUACCUGAUGGCAUUGGUCAGCUGAAGCAGCUGUCUAUCCUGAAGGUGGACCAGAACCGGUUGUGUGAGGUGACAGAAGCCAUUGGGGACUGUGAGAACCUCUCUGAACUGAUUCUCACGGAGAACUUGCUAACGGCCCUGCCACGGUCUCUAGGAAAGUUGACCAAGCUUACCAACCUCAAUGUAGACCGGAAUCACCUUGAGGUGCUGCCACCUGAGAUCGGAGGCUGUGUGGCACUCAGUGUUCUUUCCUUGAGAGACAACCGCCUGGCCAUGCUGCCUCCUGAACUGGCCCACACAGCCGAGCUGCACGUGCUUGAUGUGGCUGGAAACCGGCUGCGGAGUUUGCCAUUUGCACUCACCCACCUCAACCUCAAGGCUCUGUGGUUGGCCGAGAACCAGGCUCAGCCCAUGCUCCGCUUCCAGACUGAGGACGAUGCCCAGACUGGCGAGAAGGUGCUCACCUGCUACCUGCUGCCUCAGCAGCCCCUGCCCAGCCUCGAGGAUCCUGGGCAGCAUGGGAGCCCCUCAGAGACCUGGAGUGAUGCCCCGCUGAGCCGUGUCAGUGUGAUCCAGUUCCUGGAGGCUCCUGAAGGCGAUGAGGACACUGAGGAGGCUGCUGCUGAGAAGCGGGGCCUGCAGCGUCGAGCAACUCCUCACCCCAGUGAGCUCAAGGUGAUGAAGAGAGGCAUUGAAGAGCGCCGGAGCGAGGCCUAUUCCUGCAAGCCCGACCUCAGACUCCCCUCGCCCACUGAGGAGGAGAAGAGACUGAGCACAGAGUCUGGCUUGAGUGAAGGCUCUGCCCCAUCGGCCGACACAGCCUCUGAGGGUGAACCAGAGGCUAAGCAGCAGGAAGCUACACCACAUGGCCAGGAAGAGGAUGUGGAGGAGGACUAUGAUGAGCCCACAGUGCACUUUGCAGAGGACACACUGUUGCCCAGGGAAGACAUCGAGAGUGAGGAGGGGCAGCUUGAGGCCCCCUGGCCCCUGCCAGGAGGCAGGCAGCGGCUUAUCCGCAAGGACACACCCCACUACAAGAAGCACUUCAAGAUCUCCAAGCUUCCGCAGCCUGAGGCUGUUGCAGCCCUGCUGCAGGGGAUACAGCCAGCUGGGGAAGACCCUGCAGGGCCAGCAGGCUGGCACAAUGGCCCCCACACACCCUGGGCUCCUCGGGCCCAGGAGGAGGAGGAAGAAGAGGAGGAGAGGGCUGAGGAAGAAGGAGAUGCUACCACAGAGGAGGAGGACAGAGAAGAGGCCGUGGCUUCUGCACCUUCUGUCAAGGGGGUGUCGUUUGACCAGGCCAAUAACCUGCUGAUAGAGCCUGCUCGCAUUGAGGAGGAAGAGCUGAUGCUCACCAUUGUGCGGCAGACAGGGGGCCUGGGCAUCAGCAUUGCGGGAGGCAAGGGCUCCACCCCCUACAAGGGAGACGACGAGGGCAUUUUCAUCUCUCGUGUGUCAGAGGAGGGCCCUGCUGCCCGUGCUGGGGUCCGAGUGGGUGACAAACUUCUUGAGGUGAAUGGCGUGGCCUUGCAGGAUGCUGAGCACCAUGAAGCUGUGGAGGCACUUCGUGGGGCUGGUGCUACCGUACAGAUGCGUGUAUGGCGAGAACGCAUGGUAGAGCCUGAGAAUGCAGUCACUGUCACACCUCUGCGGCCUGAAGAUGACUACAGUCCCCGGGAGUGGCGAGGAUGUGGCCUUCGCCUGCCCCUACUCCAACCUGAGGCCCCUGGGCCUCUGCACCAGCGCCAUACAGCCUGCCUAGUGCGCAGUGAGAAGGGGCUGGGCUUCAGCAUCGCUGGGGGAAAAGGCUCCACGCCCUACCGGGCAGGCGAUGGGGGCAUCUUCAUCUCCCGCAUUGCUGAGGGGGGUGCUGCCCACCGGGCAGGCACUCUACAGGUCGGCGACCGUGUCCUCUCGAUCAAUGGGGUGGACAUGACGGAGGCCAGGCAUGACCACGCCGUCUCUCUGCUGACUUCUGCCUCCCCUACCAUUGCCCUGCUGCUGGAACGGGAGACUGGGGGGCCCUCCCCUCCUAGUCCCCCACCACAUUCCUCCUCACCCCCCACCAUUGCUGCUGCUGCCACCCCUGGGGAGCCUGGACUGCCCAGGCUAGCUCCUAGUCUGCUUACUGCAACCUUGGAAGGACCAUACCCAGUGGAGGAAGUCUGUCUACCAAGAGCCGGGGGCCCUCUGGGGCUUAGUAUUGUCGGGGGCUCUGACCACUCCAGCCAUCCAUUUGGUAUCCAGGAGCCUGGUGUUUUCAUUUCCAAGGUGCUCCCACGAGGCCUUGCUGCUCGAUGUGGCCUGCGGGUUGGUGACCGCAUCCUGGCAGUAAAUGGGCAGGACGUUCGGGAGGCCACACACCAAGAGGCUGUUAGUGCCUUGCUCCGGCCCUGCCUAGAGCUGUCCUUACUCGUGAGAAGGGACCCACCACCCCCAGGAAUGCGGGAGCUCUGCAUCCAGAAGGCCCCAGGGGAGAAGCUGGGCAUCAGUAUCCGGGGGGGCGCCAAGGGUCAUGCAGGGAACCCCUGUGACCCCACAGAUGAAGGCAUCUUCAUCUCCAAGGUGAGCCCUACAGGGGCGGCCGGGCGUGAUGGCCGCCUACGUGUGGGGCUACGGCUCCUGGAGGUGAACCAGCAGAGCCUCCUGGGCCUGACGCACGCAGAAGCAGUGCAGCUGCUGCGCAGUGUGGGUGACAACCUCACUGUGCUUAUCUGUGAUGGCUUUGACACCAGUGCCACCACAACCCUGGAGGUGUCCCCAGGUGUCAUUGCCAACCCAUUUGCGGCAGGAAUCAGCCACCGGAACAGCCUGGAAAGCAUCUCGUCCAUUGAUCGGGAGCUAAGUCCUGAGGGCCCAGGCAAGGAGAAGGAGCUGUCUGGUCAGACCCUGCCCUGGGGACCUGAGGCUGCAGAGACCACAGUUCAGAGUCCAGAGCCCCUGAAACUGGAUUACCGAGCCCUAGCCGCUGUUCCCAACACUGGCAGCAUGCAGAGGGUACCAUCUGGGAUGACCGGAGGGAAGAUGACCUCAGACCCCUGCUCCCCCACUGGCCAGCAGACAAAACCGGGGGUGAUCCAGCCAUUGGCUCAGGCCUGGCCAAGGGGCUCCCCGGCCCCUAGGGGGAGAGGUGGUCCCUGCUCUCCAUCCUCCCCAGAUGAACUGCCGGCCAAUGUGAAGCAGGCCUACAGGGCCUUUGCAGCAGUACCUACUGCACACCCUCCUGAGGAUGGUGCUACUCAGCCCCCUGCACCAGGGCCAGCGGCCUCCCCUGAGCAGCUGUCAUUCCGUGAGCGGCAGAAGUACUUUGAGCUGGAGGUGCGGGUGCCCCAGGCCGAGGGCCCCCCAAAACGUGUCUCUCUAGUGGGCGCUGAUGAUCUUCGGAAGAUGCAGGAGGAGGAAGCCCGAAAGUUACAGCAGAAGAGGGCACAGAUGCUACGGGAGGAGGAGGCUGCAGCCAUGGGACCCAACAUAGGCCUUCCCGUGGAUGGGGAGGCCCUGGAUGAGGAGCAGCAGGAUGAGCCACCCUGGGCCGACCCAAGCCCUGCAGGAGGCUCUAGCCCAGCGUCACCCCCACCUAUGGUGGGCAGUGCUCCUGUGCGGACAGCCAAAGCUGAGAGGCGCCAUCAGGAGAGGCUGCGCAUGCAGAGCCCAGAGCUGCCUGUGCCCGAGCGGGCCCUGUCCCCUGCAGAGCGUCGGGCUCUAGAGGCCGAGAAGCGGGCACUGUGGAGAGCAGCUAGGAUGAAGUCUCUGGAGCAGGAUGCCCUUCGAGCACAGAUGGUUCUCAGCAAGUCCCAGGAAGGCCGGAGCAAACGAGGGCCCCUAGAGCGUCUAGCUGAAGCCCCAUCACCUGCUCCCACCCCAUCACCUACCCCCUUGGAAGACCUCAACCUCCAGACCAGCACCUCGCCCGGACGCCUGCCUUUGUCUGGAAAGAAGUUUGACUACAGGGCAUUUGCCGCCCUCCCUUCUUCCAGGCCUGUCUAUGACAUCCAGUCACCAGACUUUGUGGAGGAGCUGAGGUCCUUGGAACCAUCUCCCAGUCCUGGCCCACAGGAGGAGGAUGGAGAGGUGGCCCUGGUGCUCCUGGGAAGGCCCUCACCAGGUGCCAUGGGCCCUGAAGAUGUGACGCUGUGCAGCAGCCGCCGAGCCAUGCGGGCUGGGCGUCGUGGCCUGGGCCCUGUGCCCUCCUAGGGAGCUGUGCCUCCCUGGACUUGGGGUGGGGGCACUGCCAGCUCCAAUACUGCCCUUGCCCUGAGCCUUUUAACCUGGGUGUUAGCAUUUUGAAGAGACCCCUCAGGAGUUCUGGCUCAAACUCCCAACCCCUCCCAAGCCAGGAUCUCUUGGCAAGACUGUAACUAGUGAUGUUUGUACAACCAAAGACUCUAUUUUGUGGUUUAAGGAAAAUAAAGUUGAUUACGUUUUACCAGGUGUGUCCAUCCAUUGGUCCCACCAAGCUGGCUCCCAAUCUUUGGCCUUUCCCCAGCAGGGCACCCCUGCCAGGCCC